AUGGACGCCACUCUGAUGAUCACAGAGUGGACCAGGAGAACUCAGAGGGUCCCAGUGAAGAAGUUCCAGUGUCUGUUUGAGGGGAUCGCUAAAGCAGGAAACCCAACCCUUCUGAAUGAGAUCUACACACCGCUCUACAUCACAGAGGGAGGGACUGCAGAGGUCAAUGAUGAACAUGAGGUCAGACAGAUUGAAACAGCAUCCAGGAAACCAGACAGACCAGAAACAACAAUCAGACAAGAAGACAUCUUUAAAGCCUCACCUGGAAGAGAUGAACCAAUCAGAACAGUGAUGACAAAGGGAGUGGCUGGCAUUGGGAAAACAGUCUUAACACAGAAGUUCACUCUGGACUGGGCUGAAGACAAAGCCAACCAGGACAUACACUUCACAUUUCCAUUCACUUUCAGAGCGCUGAAUGUGCUGAAAGAGAAAAAGUACAGCUUGGUGGAACUUGUUCAUCACUUCUUUACUGAAACCAAAGAAGCAGGAAUCUGCAGGUUUGAAGAGUUCCAGGUUGUGUUCAUCUUUGACGGUCUGGAUGAGUGUCGACUUCCUCUGGACUUCCACAACACUGAGAUCCUGACUGAUGUUACAGAGUCCACCUCAGUGGAUGUGCUGCUGACAAACCUCAUCAGGGGGAAACUGCUUCCCUCUGCUCGCCUCUGGAUAACCACACGACCUGCAGCAGCCAAUCAGAUCCCUCCUGAGUGUGUCGGCAUGGUGACAGAGGUCAGAGGGUUCACUGACCCACAGAAGGAGGAGUACUUCAGGAAGAGAUUCAGAGAUGAGGAGCAGGCCAGAACCAUCAUCUCCCACAUCAAGACAUCACGAAGCCUCCACAUCAUGUGCCACAUCCCAGUCUUCUGCUGGAUCACUGCUACAGUUCUGGAGGAUGUGGUGAAAAGCAGAGAGGGAGGAGAGCUGCCCAAGACCCUGACUGAGAUGUACAUCCACUUCCUGGUGCUUCAGACCAAACUGAAGAAGGUCAAGUAUGAUGGAGGAGCUGAGACAGAUCCACACUGGAGUCCAGAGAGCAGGAAGAUGAUUGAGUCUCUGGGAAAACUGGCUUUUGAGCAGUUGCAGAAAGGCAACCUGAUCUUCUAUGAAUCAGACCUGACAGAGUGUGGCUUCAAUAUCAGAGCAGCCUCAGUGUACUCAGGAGUGUUCACACAGGUCUUUAAAGAGGAGAGAGGGCUAGAGAGUGUGAUCUUCCAGAAAACAGUCUACAGCUUUGUUCAUCUGAGCGUUCAGGAGUUUCUGGCUGCAGUCUACAUGUACCACUGUUACACCAGCAGCAACACAGAGGUACUGGAGGACUCCCUGGGAGGAUACCACCAUAACUCAUUUCUGGAGUAUUUUCUAAUGGAAGUCAUGGAUAAAUCCUUCAAAAGUAAAAAUGGCCAUCUGGACCUGGUUGUCCGCUUCCUUCAUGGCUUCUCUCUGGAGUCCAAGCAGAGUCUCUUAGGAGGCCUGCUGGGUCAGACAGACAACAGUCCAGAAACCAUCCAGAGCAUCCUCGACAACCUGAAGGAGAUGGACAGUGACAAGUAUUACUAUUAUCAUAAUGGUAGUGACUGUAUCCCUCCGGACAGAAGCAUCAACCUCUUCCACUGUCUGAUGGAAAUGAACGACCGCUCAGUACACCAGGAGAUCCGAGAGUUCCUGAAGUCAGAGAACAGAUUAUGGGAGUACCUCUCUGAUAUCCACUGCUCAGCUCUGGUCGACAUGCUGCUGAUGUCAGAGGAGGUUCUGGAUGAGUUGGACCUGGAGAAGUACAAAGCAUCAGAGGAGGGACGACAGAGACUGAUCCCAGCUGUGAGGAACUGUAGAAAGGCUGUAUUUUCUUGCUGUGGACUCAGAGACACUCACUGUGAAGUUGUGGCCUCAGCUCUAAAGUCCAACCCCCAUCUGACACAUCUGGACCUGAGUAAAAACUAUCUGGUGGAUUCAUCAGUGAAGUGUCUGUCUGCUGGACUGGAGAGUCCAAACUGUAGACUGGAGACUCUGAGUUUGAGGUGGUGCGGUUUGACAGAUAUCCGAUGUGCUUCUCUGAUCUCCGCUCUGAAAAACAACCCCUCCCAUCUGAGAGAGCUGGAUCUGUGGGGAAAUCAGCUGCAGGAGUUAAGUCUGAAGCCUCUGUGUAAUUUUCUGGAGAGUCCAGACUGUAGACUGGAGACUCUGGGAUCAAAGGCCUGCGGAUUGUCAGAGAUCAGCUGUGCUUCUCUGGCCUCAGCUCUGAAGGCUAACCCCUCCCAUCUGAGAGAGCUGGAUCUGAGUGACAAUGACCUGAAGGAUUCAGGAGUAAAUCUGCUGAAUGGUUUUCUGGAGAGCCCAAACUGUAGACUGGAGACUCUGAGAUCAAAGGACUGCGGAUUGUCAGAGAUCAGCUGUGCUUCUCUGGCCUCAGCUCUGAAGGCUAACCCCUCCCAUCUGAGAGAGCUGGAUCUGAGUGACAACAACCUGAAGGAUUCAGGAGUAAAUCUGCUGAAUGGUUUUCUGGAGAGCCCAAACUGUAGACUGGAGACUCUGGGGUUGAGUUGCUGUAGUUUGACAGAGAUCAGCUGUGCUUCUCUGGCCUCAGCGGUGAAGUGCAACCCCUCCCACCUGAGAGAGCUGGAUCUGAGUAACAACGACCUGAAGGAUUCAGACGUGAAGCAGCUGAUUGAUCUUCAGCAGAGUCCAGACUGCAGACUGGAGAGAUGA